CCAGCCUGUGGGUAACUAAGACGCACACAACCUAAGUCGCUCUACAUAUAGUGCACAGGAGCACCAUCUCGUGCAGAAAGCAAGCGCAAAAUCACUAGACUGAUAAGGCUCCUCUUGCAUUCAAGGAUCGGAUCAGCAUGGGCAACUCUUCGUCUCGCAGCCGAUCGAACCGGAAAUCCGAGGUGACAUCUUCGUCUCCGGCGCUGAAAACCUUCAAGUGGACCAUCGAUGGCUUCUCCUCGCUUCUUGAUAAGGGUGAAGGAGAGACACAGUCCAGAGUGUUUGAGAUCAUGGGCUAUAACUGGUGUUUGAAGUUGAAUCCAAGGGACAGAAAGAGCGACGACGAUGAUCAGGAGUAUGUUUCUCUGAGGCUUGAGCUGUUGGGGACUUCUGUCAGUGAUGUGAAGCCUGAUACUAUUGUAGAAGCAUCUUUCAAGUUCUUGAUAUACGAUAGGUUAUAUGGAAAGCACGUUGAACAUCAAGUCAGCCACAACUUCCAGACAGCAAGCACAAGCUCUGGGAUAUCAUACAUGAUUCCCCUCACAUCACCGAAGGAACCGUCCUCUGGAUCUGUUGACAGCAUCAGUUGCGUCGUCUUUGGUGUCGAGUUCACCAAAGUUGUCACUUACAAAGCCAACACGGUGUCGGAAACACUGUUCGUCCAGAAGAUGAAUACCCUCAACGAGGCCACAACCUACACCUGGGACAUUGAGGACUUCUUCGCACUGAAGAGCCCGGGCUUCUCUCCCGAGUUUGAAGCCGGUGGAUACAAAUGGUCAAUCCGUAUCUAUCCAUCAGGUCUUGACAAUUAUGGGAACCACAUCUCCUUGUUCCUGGACAUGAAGGCGCCAAAUGAGUUCCCUGAAAAAGAUGGGAUCCUGGUGGAAUUCACCUUAUCCGUCAAAGACCAGGAAACUGGCAAGCACUGGAAAGGAACAGGCCGGUCCCAGUUCUCAAAGACUGCUUGUGUCUAUGGAUGGAUCAAGUUCAUGACGCUUGAGGAUUUCAAGGACUCGUCGAAUGGUUAUCUCGUGAAAACCAAGUGCUGCAUCGAAGCUGAGGUCACAAUCGUUGGCUCGUCGAAGAUGGAGUAGAGCAGCUGCGUGCCCGUGUGCGUGUGUGCUGAAUCGCAACGGCGCCGCUGUGGCUACGUCUGUGUACCUACGUGUGUCUGUUUCUCAGAUUGUUUGUGCUGAAGAUAGUGAAACUGCAAAUGUCAAAUAAGGCUCAGUCUGUCAGCCAUGUCUUGCUGAUGUAAUGGUA